AUGCAUCAUAGAGAUUUACAGAAAACAGCACCGCAUCGAAUAUAUAUUCAAGCUUUGAACGAAAAUGGGUCCAGUAAAGAUUGGAAAAAAUCUUUUCUGGAAGAUCCAAACAAUAAAUGGCUUUGCGACGUUCCAGAUGAAUACAUCAAUGAAAUUACGAAUACAUACGGACUUGCCGACGAAAUAGAUAACUUCAACGAGUGCAAAGAUAUAAUUACACAUAAAAUUAAAAGCGAAAAUAUCGAUCCUGAAAAAUAUUCUGAAGUAGAGCGAAAUUUACCAAUUGCAUAUGGAAUGAUACACGCAAGAUACAUAAUGUCCCCGGAUGGAAUAGAUAAUAUGACAGAAAAAUACAAACAAAAAAUUUUCGGAACUUGCCCUAGAUACUCAUGCAAUAACGAACCAUUACUGCCUAUUGGAAUAAGUAGUCAAACGAAGGUUUCUACUGUGAAAGUAUUUUGUCCUUGCUGCAGAAGGAUUUAUGAACCUCGUCCUCCUGUCAGUUUGGACGGAGCUUUCUUCGGUCCGAAUGUGGCCCAUAUGCUGAUUGAUCAUUUAGAUAUUUUGGAUCAUUAUCUCCUUUAUAAACCGUAUGUAAGAACUGCUUGCGGUUUCAAAGUCUACGACCCUCGAUUUGAUACAAAGAAUUGA